CCUUUCUUGCGCAUCAUCCUCUGCCAGCACAUCGCAUCCGCCCGACGCUUCUUCCCGCCCAUCUUCGCCUCGCCUCUAUCCGCGACCACCCGCCAUGUCUACCGACUACUGCCCCGUCUACAGCCCUUUCUUCGGCGCUAUGGGAUGCACCGCCGCCAUCGUUUUCAGCUGCUUUGGCGCCUCGUACGGAACGGCCAAGUCCGGCGUUGCCAUCUGCGCAUCCGGUGUGAUGAGACCUGAUCUGAUCAUGAAGAACGUGAUUCCCGCUGUCAUGGCUGGUAUCAUUGGUAUCUACGGGCUUGUUGUCUCUGUCCUGAUCAGCGGUGGACUCGCCCAGCAGAUGACUCUGUUCGCCGGCUUCAUUCAGCUGGGUGCUGGUCUGAGUGUCGGCCUUGGUGGCCUCGCUGCCGGAUUCGCCGUCGGUGUCGUUGGCGAUGCCGGUGUCCGUGGCUCCAGUCAGCAGCCACGUGUAUUUGUUGGAAUGAUUUUGAUUCUCAUUUUCGCCGAAGUAUUGGGUCUCUAUGGACUCAUCGUUGCGCUGAUCUUGAACACAAAGGCCUCGGCCGGAAGCUGCUAACAAACUCGUCUUCUCGCAUCGUAUCUCUCGCGCGUGCGACGAUGCCGCUCGAGUAUUUACCUUCAUCCAAGGUCGGCCGCCUCUUGACGAUGCGCCUGAUCAUAAUGACAAAGCCGCUUAGCAUCUUGCUUUGCGGAGCGUAGAGUUUCGGGGAUGUGGGUCACAGCGGGGUCUGGCCUGUGACCGUUUGUGUGGCUUUUGGGUGGGUUUGGCAGAUUCGCAAUACAUUUUAGCCUCUACGGUCAUUUUGAAACAGGGCAUGAUAUCCUGUUUGAGCCAAGUAUGCGGCGUGGUAUGGGUCCAGAGUACA